CCGCCCAGAGCCUGAGGCGCCGGGGCCGGGGGAGAAGGCGGGGCGGGCGGGCGAGCGGGCCGGGGGGAGAGUGGGGGAUGGCGCGGACCCCGGGGCCGGCCCCGCUGUGUCCCGGAGGCGGCAAAACACAACUUUCUUCUGCUUCUCCCCCCGGAGCCGGGCUCCUGCUGCCGCCCCCGACGCCACCGCCACUGCUGCUGCUGCUCUUCCCUCUGCUGCUCUUCUCCCGACUCUGUGGUGCCUUAGCUGGACCAAUUAUUGUGGAGCCACAUGUCACAGCAGUGUGGGGAAAGAAUGUUUCAUUGAAGUGUUUAAUUGAAGUAAAUGAAACCAUAACACAAAUUUCAUGGGAGAAGAUACAUGGUAAAAGUUCACAGACUGUUGCAGUUCAUCAUCCUCAAUAUGGAUUCUCUGUUCAAGGAGAAUAUCAGGGAAGAGUCUUGUUUAAAAACUAUUCACUCAAUGAUGCAACAAUUACUCUACAUAACAUAGGAUUCUCUGAUUCUGGAAAAUACAUAUGCAAAGCUGUUACAUUCCCACUUGGAAAUGCCCAGUCCUCUACAACUGUAACUGUGUUAGUUGAACCCACUGUGAGCCUGAUAAAAGGGCCAGAUUCUUUAAUUGAUGGCGGAAACGAAACAGUAGCAGCCGUUUGUAUCGCAGCCACUGGAAAACCAGUUGCACGUAUUGACUGGGAAGGUGAUCUUGGUGAAAUGGAAUCCACUACAACUUCUUUUCCAAAUGAAACAGCAACGAUUGUCAGCCAAUACAAGCUGUUUCCAACCAGAUUUGCUAGAGGAAGGCGAAUUACUUGUGUUGUGAAACAUCCAGCCUUGGAAAAGGACAUCCGAUACUCUUUCGUAUUAGACAUACAGUAUGCUCCUGAAGUUUCAGUAACAGGGUAUGAUGGAAAUUGGUUUGUAGGAAGAAAAGGUGUUAAUCUCAAGUGUAAUGCUGAUGCAAAUCCACCACCCUUCAAAUCUGUGUGGAGCAGAACUCAUCCUCCUACUACUACCACCCUUCAGCCUACAAUUCAGUGGCAUCCCUCAACUGCUGACAUCGAGGAUCUAGCAACAGAACCUAAAAAAUUGCCUUUCCCAUUGUCAACUUUGGCAACAAUUAAGGAUGAUACAAUUGGCACGAUCAUUGCUAGUGUAGUGGGUGGGGCUCUCUUCAUAGUACUUGUAAGUGUUUUGGCUGGAAUAUUCUGCUAUAGGAGAAGACGGACGUUUCGUGGAGACUACUUUGCCAAGAACUACAUUCCACCAUCAGAUAUGCAAAAAGAAUCACAAAUAGAUGUUCUUCAACAAGAGGAGCUUGAUUCUUAUCCAGACAGUGUAAAAAAAGAAAUCAAAAAUCCAGUGAACAAUCUAAUACGUAAAGACUAUUUAGAAGAGCCUGAAAAAACUCAAUGGAACAAUGUAGAAAAUCUCAAUAGGUUUGAAAGACCAAUGGAUUAUUACGAAGAUCUAAAAAUGGGAAUGAAGUUCGUCAAUGAUGAACAUUAUGACGAAAAUGAAGAUGACUUAGUUUCACAUGUAGAUGAUGUUCCAUUUAAGCAGACCUCUUCCAUAGCUGUAGCUGGAGCUGUAAUUGGAGCUGUCCUUGCCCUUUUCAUCAUUGCUAUCUUUGUGACUGUGUUGCUGACUCCUCGAAAAAAGAGACCAUCCUAUCUUGACAAAGUGAUCGACCUUCCACCCACACAUAAACCUCCUCCUAUGUAUGAAGAACGGUCCCCACCUUUGCCUCAGAAAGACCUUCUGUAUCAGACUGAACACUUGCCUUUGCAAACUCAGUUCAAAGAAAGAGAAGUUGGCAGUCUUCAGCCCUCUAAUGGACUAAAUAGCAGGAGAUGUGACUAUGAAGAUGAGAAUCCAGCAGGGGAAGAUGGGAUUCAGCAGAUGUACCCCCUUUGUAAUCAGAUGUGCUACCACGACCGGAGCCCUGGCAAACAUCAUCAAAACAAGGACCCUGAGAGAGUCUACAUCAACCCACGAGAACAUUAUGUGUGA